GGUCUGUGAAACAGGAAAGUUUAAGAAGGAAAAAGAAGCCUUCAAGACGAAAACUUGUUUUCUGUUGUUUGCACUUUCCAAUUCUGAAGGUUGAUAUUAUAUUCAGUCUUAUUUUUACAAAUAAUUGUAAUACUUGGAAUAUGUUCAUACAUUAACGCCUAGGCAUUUCAAAGUAGUUAUAGUUGAAAAUGGCCACCACCUUGUUUGAUAGUCCAUUCAUUCGUCAAAGAUUACAUCGUUUGCGGCGAACUGACUACGACUUUGACGAAGAUCAGAGAUUCGGACGAUGUGACUGUACAAGUUAUUCAUAUUUUGUACUUUCAAUGGUGCUAUUUUCUGUCGGGACUGUGAUAACGGUUCUAGCUUUAGGAGAUGCUGAUGGAUAUAUACUUCAUAAUUUAGGGCACAUGUGGCUAGUGGGACCAAUCUUUAUAUGUUCUGGAAUGAUGGUUGCAGUAAAAAGUAUGCUUUAUUUGCGGAGAAAAAGUGUAAUACAAAUGCUUCUCCAUCGACGUGAACUUAUCCGAGACAUGGCAAUAGUGCAAGCCGAACAAGCGUAUACUGGACAAGUACCUAGGACUGCUUCAAACACCACAUUACCUCCGUCAUACGAUGCUCUACUAGCCAACGCUACUACCAGUAAACCUCAAUCAUCCAGCUCUGACGCACCUCCCCCAACAUAUGAUGAAGCAAUGUACCUCAUUGGUGGUGACAAAUUGGAGAUUGAAAUAAAAAAUGAUGUUAGUGCUAAACAAGAAACAAGCAAUCAAUUAACUGAUUCUACUGAUAGUUCCAAACCAUGAGUUAGGUAUAUUUAUAUAUUAAAUGUGUUCAAUUGGCCCUACUAUACAGUUUUAAGAACAAGCAUGAAUGAGACGAACUGUUAAUUGUAAAUUUUGGUCUCAACCAUAAGGCCUGACUAUUUGUUAAAUAAUAAAAAAUUUUAAACAUUGAAAAAACUCGAACAUGAAUUUGUAUUAAAAAGACAAGAGAUGAGAAAUGGAUUGAAUGAAGAACUGUUCAUUUUUAAGUAAAAGUACUGAUUGCUUGCUUAUGCUUAAAGGCAUUUAAUAUUCUCUCUUUUAGUUAGAAACAGAGUUGAUUCAAGUGAAGAUGUAUUACGAUCUGUUUUAUAUUAUUAAUCUUCUUUUACUUAGUAUUCUGUCAUGCUAUCAAGAAAUGCAGUAAAUGGAUAAACUUGCUACUGCAUUUUUUGGUAUUACUACAGGCAUACAAAUUUCAUUUGUUUUGAUCUAAAGAUAACUAUCCACAUUUUAUGGCUGCAUAUUUGAGCACUAGUGAAAAGGCUGCCUCAUGAGCAGCAUCACAAUG